AUGACCAUGCUGGCUUCAUUUCUUCUUCGCAUCUCUGUCACCAACACCUUUGUGGAGAGACUGUUCUCGCUUAUGACAGACCAGCGGAACAGGUGCAGGGUGAAACUAGUGAAGAGUGAAAUUCAGGUGAAAGUGAACUUCAGAUUAUCCUGACAGGAGUUCUACAACACGUCCUGAUGGAGAAGGCUCUAAUGGACGCCGUAUUUUCAAGCAAGAAAUAUAUUAUUCAUCGAACAGUACAUUACAUUUUUACAUUUUACAUUUUAGUCAUUUAGCAGACGCUCUUAUCCAGAGCGACUUAAAGUUAAGUGAGUGCAUACAUUUUUCAUACAUUGAGGUAAGAUUUCAUUUUGUAUGCCUGCUUAUACAUUUUUAAUGCAAACCAAAUUCGUCCAGGCUAUGUGCUAAAUCAGUGCCAUGGAUUAGACAAACAUUUGUUAACAGAUGGCUAAAUCAACUGAGUUUCGCUGUAUCUGUGUUACAGGUGCGAGCGGGUGGCGGUGCUAACUGCAGGUAGUCAGCACCAUGGACAGCAGCACCCAAUCGGUGAUUCAUCAAAACCAUUCAUUGCAUCGCGUGAGGCGCUCGUUUAGCAGACAAAUAGGCCUACGAACAUUCAUAGAUAAAGUAGACACGGCGGUCUACAACUAUAAAACAGUCACAGCGUAAGCAGCACAUGAGGUAGGCAGGCAGUGUCACACAACACACACACACACACACACACACACUGCCUAUAGGUGCCGAGAUGUGAUAAGCAAGAGGGCCUGUAAUAACAUUCUGACUGCUUUCAUCUUAACCAAAGACCAAUAAAAAAGGAUGUUUCACUCACCAGGUUGUCUCUGCUCAGCCGAUGUAGCCAUGUUGUAGUUUGAUUAAGUCUAGUCCAUUUGUUAAUUCCAUCAUCAUGCAGUCAAUAGAACAAAAAUAAUAAUCCCAACAGGUGAACGAACUAUAUGUACAACUCAAGGUCCCGUUUUAAAAUGUCAUCCUCCUCUCCUUCAUGUUGGCAAACCUGCCAACCACUUUGUCUUUAUCAAUGUCUAUGUCCCGCUCAGUACAAAGCAAAGUGAGUUUGGAUAGUCUGGGGUCAUUCAUGCAUGCAAGCAAGUAGCUCUUGGUGAGCUUCAGGCGGCUUAAAUUUCGCUCGGCACUGGCACUGAUGGGAAUGGUUUUGUAGAUUAUAUGGGGAAUAGUCAGAUUUGGAUAUGCUCGGUGCAUGUCGUUGGCAAUGAGGAAUGGUAGGACUGCGUCUUCUGAGUAUAAAUGUGCGAGCUCAAGCAUGUUAUUUUCUGCACCAGGAGGCUUUGUGUUGAGCACAGAGAAUACUCGUGCCAUUUCUCUGAAGUCGGUAAAUCGAUUCUCAAACUGCCCCAUAAAACUUUAAGUGCCUUCUGCUUUCCUGGAUUGGCUCGUCCUCUGCUCUCUCGUCAUGAAACCUUUUCCUCUUGCGCGCUCUCUCCUCUGCAAACUCAGUUGUUGCGUUGUUUUGUCGGGCCAUCUCUUUCGCAGUGUUCUCCAUCUUGUCAUAGGCCUCAUCUGUGCGCAGCUGUCUGAUCUCUGCCAUACAGAUGCCAAUUAGAUCAAUUAGAUCCACGCCAUCUAUCGAAUCCUUUUGCAGAUAGUUAGAAAGCAUGUACGUCUUCUUUAGUAAACUGUUCCAAAACACCAACAUAAUUUUAAACUCAAAUGUGCUAAUUUUUUAUAGCAGGCCAUUGGUUUCAGAGGCCGUUUUUGGUGCAGUAUGGUUAUGGUGCUUUAUUCCGCGCAGGGCUUCAAGGAUCGCGGGCAGGCUCUGUAUAACCGCUUCUGUGGCCUGUUUCCUGGAGGCCCACCUUGUGUCUGA